UUCUUUUAUUAAUUUAUGCAUUCUGCCUUCACAGUUCCUCCGUCGCCAACCGCCGUCCAUUCCCGCCGCUCGACGCCGCUGGGUAUGUUUAGAACUUAAUUGCGUCCAUUAGUUCUAUUUGAGGUCAAUUUUCGAUUGCAGGAGUCUGCGACAUUACUGCUCUUCAUUAAUGUCCAUAACGUGUUCGAUGAAAUGCCUCUGUGAAUUCAAUAUGCCGUGAUUGUCAUGCCGCCGAAACUGACUGACGCAGAUAGAUUAUGGCACCGAGAUGGAAAGGAAAAUCAGCAGAAGCUAAAGCCCUAGCAGAACCAAUGUCCAAAUUCGUUUCUAAUCUCCAAUCCUCUUUAAUCGAGUCGAAUAUCGAAGGAUUUCUCUCUGGCUGCAGCAUGCUCGUCGCAGCAAAUCCCGAGCAAACGGAACUCUUUAACAAAGCAUGUUUUGGUCGUCCCAUCGUCACGGCGGAGAAGGAUGAGCAGCAGUGGUUUCAGUUAAGUCUAGAGGAAGCUUUUUACUUGUCCUCUUUGAAGAAAUGCAUCAAAAUAGCAGCAGCUGGGGAAGGCGAGCGCGUAAAGAUCGACGAGGAUUUAUGGAAUUACUACAUAGCAGUGUCGAAAAAGCCUGACUCGAUUAUCCAACUCGUCGCGUAUUCUCAUCUACGCGCGAAGAAUUGGGUGGUGAGGGGCGGAUCUCAGUACGGUGUUGAUUUUGUUGCUUACCGGCAUCAUCCAUCUCUCGUGCACUCGGAGUAUGCAGUUCUCGUCUUAUCCAACGACGAAAAGAGCAAUGAUCGGCUAAGAGUUUGGUCGGAUGUACAUUGCGCACUCCGGCUUUGUGGCAGCGUUGCAAAAACAUUGCUGGCUCUUUUUGUUGGAGCAAUCGGCGAUACAUUUGGUUCGCCGCGUUUGGAGGACUAUGCCGUCGAAGAGAGAAUCAUCGCGAGGUGGAACCCCGAGCAAAGCCGGGAGGAUCAACAGCCGACAUCAAGCUCAAAUGUGCCGUAA